AUGGAAUUUACAUGGCAGGCCAAUACUCCCCAAUGGCGGACUAGAAAUCGGGCUGCACGAGCUUGUCCGACCUGCCAGCGACGAAAGAAGCGAUGCCGGCACCUCGCUCCUAGUUCAGUGGAGUCUCAGCUCCUACCGACACAUACCAAAAAGCUUGACACAAAUCGCAAUGUUACCAGUCGACCGGAUUUUCGAAAUCCUCAUACUCAUGGUCUUGCGACUUGGGAGAGAACGUCGUCAGCAGAUCCAGUCUUGCAAUCAAUCCCCAACACGGAGCGAUUCGUAGGAGACUUGAACCCGGAAGCGUUUAUACGAGAGAAGCUGGAUGAAUCCACUAGUAAUCGUUUCCGGGACCGGGUUGGGCUCUGGAUAAGCUCCCCAUCUACACAGAAUUGUAGUCAAGAUGUGCACGAGGCGCGACACACUGGUAAUAAAGACCCCUCUACAUUGUCAUCACCACCACCAGCUCUGGACCGACUUGCAAUAGAGAAUUUAUUAAACCAGCGACACUCCUCAGCAAUACAGGCAUGUGGUCACCUUCCUAAAACGACUUGGGAGCCUCUAACGGCUAUCUACUUUGCCAAGAUCAAUCACAUAAUACCUCUAUUAGAGAUGGACUCCUUCGUCAACGCCCAAACUCAAAGCUCCGUGUCUGCUUUUCUCGAGCGGGCUAUUUGCCUAGUUGCAGCGAAAGACCCCGAAGCAAUCCCACAUCUACGCCUAGUAGAAGAAGGGCCGGUUUUACCAAUCCGUCAAUUUUGCUCUAGCAUUUACAAUGGGCUCAAGGUCGCCAUGGAUAUGGAACUAGAGUCUGAUCGCUUGACCCGUAUCCGCGUCCUUGCACUGAUGUCUUUGCAUUUUGAUGGCAAUGAGGGGGAGAGAGGCCGCAUCCUUACAUCUUUGCCAGGCCAUUCACCAGGCCCAAACGAUAGGUUUACACCUUGA